AUGGCGACUGCGGAUUCAGACAAGAGGUUCGCUCUCAUCAAGGAGAACCUGGCCGAGGUGCUCAACGAAGAGAUCAUUAAGAAAAUCCUCGAUGAGGGGAAACACCCCAAGAUUUACUGGGGUACCGCGACAACAGGCCGCCCGCACUGUGGCUACUUCGUCCCCGCCAUCAAGAUCGCCCAGUUCCUCGCCGCCGGCUGCGAUGUGACCAUCCUCCUCGCCGAUAUCCACGGCUUCCUUGACAACCUCAAGGCGCCCCUCGAGUUGGUCGCGCAACGCGCCGAGUUUUACCGCCACAUCAUCACAACCAUGCUCCAGGCCGUCGGCGUGUCGACAGAGAAGCUGCGCGUCGUGCUAGGAAGCUCGUAUCAGAAGAGCCCCGAGUACGUCAUGGACGUGUACAAGAUGGCUUCCAUCAUCUCAGAGCACGACGCCAAGAAGGCCGGCGCCGAGGUGGUCAAACAGACGGACAAUGCGCCGUUGAGCGGCCUGCUGUACCCCAUCCUGCAGGUGCUGGACGAGCAGUACUUGGAUUGCGACGCGCAGUUUGGGGGGAUGGACCAGCGGAAACUGUUUACGGCGGCUAAAGAGUGGCUGCCGAAGCUCGGCUACCGGGAGCGCGCCCACUUGCUCAACCCCAUGGUUCCCGGCCUGCACGGCGGCAAGAUGAGCUCGAGCGACCCCGACAGCAAGAUUGACCUGCUUGAUCCUCCCGAGACGGUGGCUAAAAAAAUCAAAAAGGCGCACGCCGCGCCUCAAGUUGUUGAGGAGAACGGGUUGCUUGCCUUUAUCGAGUUCGUCCUGUUGCCUGCUGCGCGCCUGCGCGGCAGCGCGGAGUUCCGCGUCGACCGUGAGCGGGACGGGUUAGAGCCGCUGGUUUACACAGACAUUGAAAAGAUUCGCGAGGAUUACAAGACCGAUGUGCUAACACCGCAACUCAUCAAACCCGCCGUCACACGAGAGUUGAACGCCCUUCUAGCUCCCAUUCAACAAGCCUUCCAAGCUUCCAAGGAAUGGCGAGAGAUUGCCGACAAGGCUUACCCGCCACCACCAAAGAAGGAGAAAAAGGUGAAGAACAAGGGUACACGUUAUCCUGGCGGCGUAAGGGAGCAACCCGAUACCAAGGAGACGGAAUUACCAGUCCAGCUAAAUGGGGAGGCUCUUAACUGA